AAGUGCGUGUGACACUUUGAGGACCGCGGCGAAACUGGAGGAUGAAAUUGGAUCCUCCUCGGUGGAACUAAUCAUCAUUAAAGAGUCAUCAAUGUUUCAGACAUGCCGCCUCUGGAACCUGAGUAUAGCCAGCGUGCUCGCGCUGACCCUGUCUAACGUGUUCCUGACGGUCCGGCUGCUGCACAAUGGCGACUGCAGCAACGGCGCCGGUGACCGGUACGGUGGCUCCAGUGCCGACGGUGACAGCGUUUCGUUGGUUCCACGAGCCCCGAUCCUCACACCGGCCACCUGUCUGGAGUACGUGCUCGCGGACACGCUCACCAACAACACGGACAAGGCGGUCUUUUCGGGGCUGGAUUUGAGGCUUGGGCGGUGGGACUCGCGGCGGAUGUACAAGUUCUUUGACUUUGCCGUGGUGGGCGAGCGCUUUCCGGAGCUGUCGGAGCGGUACAGUGUUUGUCUGGCGACGCAGAGUUCGCUGGAGAAGAUCUACUCGCUGGUGCAAGUGUCGCACCACUGGUCCGGUCCCAUUUCGGCAGCGAUCUUUGCCGCUGGAAAUGACGAGCUGUAUCUGCUGCAGAUAUAUCUGUCUUAUCUGCGUAAUUGCUUCAAAACGAUCCGCGAACGGGUAAGCUUUCAUCUGGCGCUCCCGAAGGAACGCGCUCCGACUCACUUGAAGAGCAUCCACGUGGGUGACUUCACCAAGUUCGAUUGUGCCAAACCGGAAGCGACACUGAACGAUCUGAUCAAGCUGCGCAAGGCAGACACCAACAAGUGGCGCAUCAAAAAUCCGUACCCACAGAACCACCUGCGGAACGUCGCCCGGAAGGGUUGCCAAAGCACGUACGUGUUCCUCACGGACGUCGACAUCAUCCCGAGUGUGAACUUUGCCGAACAUCUGGACAAGUUCUUGAGAACGCAGCGAGCUCCUCACGGUGGACAUGGAGCCCAGCAGACGGCCUUCGUAGUGCCAACGUACGAGCUGGACGAGCGGGUUCGCUUUCCCCGCAACAAGACUGAUCUGAUACGGCUGGCCAACAAGGGGCUGGCGCGACCCUUUCAUCACAAAGUUUUCAUCUACAACCAGUUUGCGACGAACUUCUCGAGAUGGCAGGCCGACAUCUUCGACGGCGAGAUGACGCGUGUGUCCCACAACGUGACCAACUUUGAGUUUCUGUACGAGCCGUUCUACGUGGCGCCCGACACGGUGCCACCGCACGACGAGCGCUUCCUCGGGUACGGGUACACCAGGAAUACGCAGGUCUACGAGAUGUUCGUCGCCGGCUACCAGUUCCAGGUGCUGACGCCCCUCUUCACCGUCCACUGGGGUCUGCAGAACAAGAAGAGCCGGCCGGCGUGGCGCGAACGGCAGAACAACGUCAACCGGAAGUACUUUGAGAUCUUCAAGCGGGAAGUGUUCGCCCGGUACCACAAGGAUCCGUUGCGGAUGUUGCUGCCGAAGAAGGUCCAAAAGCAGCACGGGGUAGGGGGAGGAGGUGGUGCAGGUGGGGGAAAUGUGGCGGCCGCGGGAGGAGACGCCGGUGGAGGGGGUGGUGGCGAAAAAACCGGACGAUAAGUGAAGUUAUGUGUGGUGAGAUAGAAAAAAAAAUGUGAAGAGAAACAACCCAUCAGAAACACUCAGAAAAAUCUACAACUUUACAACAGAAGAUGACUUUACUGAAAAUCAUUAAAGAAAUAUAAAACAAAAAUUAAGGGUUGAAGAUUGUUCCUGCUUCGUUAAGGGAUAAAGAACAAAUCUUGAACCCUUCAACUCACUAUCCAUAUAGUAGCACGUGAAUUCAUGCUUUUCCUGCCAAAUUAGACUAAAAUUAUGUAACAAAACAUCAAGUGUGGUACUAGGAACAAAUAAAAACGCUUGGUAAAUAUCGUUUAGGUACUCUCUAAUCACAAUCAUUAUAACUAAACCCCGUGUGAUAAUAUAACUUCGUUUUCGUUCUUGCUGAAAUGUUUUCCAAACGCAAUAGUUCUCAAAUAUUUACUCUGCAUCAACUUAAAACUCCCGUCCUCCCUCUACCUUCACCAACAAACUAGUAAAGAUAUAGAGUUAAACAAAGCGUCAUCGUUGUCAUUGUGAAACAUAGUGAAAAAAACAGUGCAAUAAACUCCCCCUCCUCUCCCCCCCCCCCCCCCGUGUUUAGAAGGAAUCGGUUCGGUUGGUGCUGAAUGUGUGGCGCGAUUAGAUUAUCCGGAAGUAGUUAAAACGGCGGAUGGGUUCGAAAACAAGGUGGAUGAAGAAAAAAAGGAAUUAUUUUUGUUACUUGAAAAAACUUACACAAAUAGACCGACAUAAACAUACUUACACACUUACACGACGUGCGUAGAACAAGCGGUACUGUAUAUAUGGGAAUUUUUAAAAACCAAAGCAAAUAUUUAGCAGAAACGAAUAAAUUCAUGUUG